CCGCGAGCGUUGCGGGGCGUGUUGCCUGGCGAUGUGGCGCGCGACGCGCAGGUUGGCGGCGGCCGCGGCCGCGGCGGCGACGCCGUUGUCGUCGUCCGUUGCGGGCGGGGGAAAGGCAGCGCCGUUCCAUUUAUCAUCGCGAGCGGGCAGCUGUUUCUGUCAGUGGAGCCGCCGCGCACCUAGGUGGAUCUCGCCUGCCUCUCUCGCGGGCCCGAAGGUGAACGGAGCGCGGGAGAUCAACAGCACAAUCAUGCCUGAGAUAAAUACAGAUGAAUUGGAUGAGCAGCAAGUUCGAUUGCUGGCAGAGAUGUGCAUCCUAAUAGAUGAAAAUGACAACAGGAUCGGUUCAGACACGAAGAAAAACUGCCACCUGAAUGAAAACAUUGACAAAGGAUUAUUGCACCGUGCUUUCAGUGUCUUCUUGUUCAACACAGAGAAUAAGCUAUUGUUGCAACAGAGAUCAGAUGCAAAAAUCACUUUUCCAGACUGUUUUACCAAUACCUGUUGCAGUCAUCCACUAAGCACCCCCCUUGAACUGGAAGAAAAUAAUGCCCUUGGCAUUAGAAGAGCAGCGCAGAGAAGAUUGAAAGCUGAGUUAGGAAUUCCACUGGAUCAGGUCACUCCAGAAGAAAUCUUCUACCUAACCCGAAUUCACUACAAAGCCCAAUCCAAUGGAACAUGGGGAGAACACGAAAUAGAUUACAUCCUUUUUGUGCAGAAGAAUGUAACGUUGGAUCCAGAUCACAAUGAAAUUAAAAGCUACUGUUAUGUGACGCAAGAAGAAUUGAGAGAAUUGCUGGAAAAGGCUUCCCGAAAUGAAAUUAAGAUUACUCCGUGGUUCAGACUAAUUGCAGAGACUUUUCUCUUUAAGUGGUGGGAUAAUUUGAAUAAUUUGAAGAGAUAUGUUGAUCAUGAUAAGAUACACAGAAUGUAACAAAUUAGGCUGUUCUAAAAUACCAUACCUUAAAUUUUUCAUACUGAAAUUGUUUGUUGAAGCAGUGUAUUUGUAGAUUGAUUGCAACCUAGGAAAUUAGGAAUAGGCCCCUUUAAGUGGAAGUUAGAUAUUUAUCUCACAUUGCAUAGCUGGUUUUUUCCUGGAAUGAAAUUUCUUUUCCUUUCAUUUCAUGGUAUUAUUAAGUCAUUAACAAGUUUGCACUCCAUGAAAAACCACUGUUAAGUCUGAAUAGUCACCAAGCCACAAUGCCAUGAGAGUAAUUAGGGCUUGAUUACAAUCUCUCCCAAAAUGAUGUGUUUGUACAAUAUGGAAUGAGUCAGCUAACCAGUCCAGUUGUGCAAGUAAAAUGAAGAGGUGAACUUGAACUAGUCGACUCUAAAAGCUCUUCCGUAUUUUUCUACCAGUCUUACUGAAGCAUGCAGUGCAGUUUUUCUAUACUGUCCCCCUUCAAGUUACCUGCUUAUCUUUCAAGUAAUUAGCACUUUCCUAUUUAUACUUUACACUGUUCAGUGUUUGACUUACUUUUGAAGAACCUAUUCUCUUGUAAACUAUUCUAAGCUCGUAAGAUAUUUUCCCCAUUAGAAAAGAUAUCUGAUAUUUCAAACUAGAAAUGUUAAAACUUCCAUGCCUGUAGAUUCUAAAUAUGUCUUUCCUAUAAGAAUUAAGCUAUGAUCUAAAAGAAAGGAAAUCUUAAAUGUAAAUAACUUUUUCACAGAACCUUGAAAAAUACCUGAGCUAUUAAUAGAACCAAGAAGGGGAAGAUUUUAGGCAUAUCCUAUUGUCUAAGGGGGGAAAUGGUGUUGGUGUAUUCUUCGUAAAUGCAAUUAUGAACCAUGAAAAUUAAAGUUUAAAAAUUGAAUCUCUGA